UCUACGCAUGCGCAUGGCAUAUCAAAUUUGAGCCACUGGGCUGUCUUAAAAAAGUAAAGCUUUGAUCAUUAUUGUACGCAAAGCACAACCCGAACAAGACAUGGCGUCACAUUUACUCAGCAAGGAGGACACCCUGGCAAUGAGGAAGAGAUUGAUAGGAGAAUCGUGCAGACUUUUUUAUUCAGACGAUCCUGUCAAAAUUAUCAAAGCAAGGGGACAAUAUCUUUUUGAUGAGAACGGUAGUCGCUACCUGGACUGCAUCGGAAAUGUCCAUCACGUGGGCCAUUGCCAUCCCAGUGUUACAAAGGCUGCAGCAGAACAAAUGGACCUUCUGAACACCAAUACCAGAUUCCUGCACGACAAUUUAGUCCUGUAUGCAAAUCGCCUGGCUGCCACGUUGCCAGACAAACUGUCUGUCUUCUACUUUGUCAACUCUGGCUCAGAAGCCAACGAUCUCGCACUACGCCUGGCCCGCCAGUACACCCAACACGAGGACGUCAUCGUGCUUGACCAUGCGUAUCAUGGUCAUCUAGUGUCCCUCAUCGACAUCAGUCCUUAUAAAUUCCGGAAACUAUCAGGGCAAAAAGAAUGGGUUCAUGUGGCCCCCUUACCAGACACCUACAGAGGCAUAUACAAAGAGGAUGAACCCAAUCCGGGGUUGGCUUAUGCAAAUACAGUGCGAGACUUAAUAGAGGAUGUGCAAAGCAAAGGUCGAAAGAUUGCUGCCUUUUUUGCUGAAUCAAUGCCAAGUGUCGGAGGACAAAUCAUUUUACCCCAAGGUUACUCAUCCAAAGUUGCAGAGUACGUUGGCGCAGUGGGCGGUGUGUUUGUGGCCGACGAGGUGCAGACAGGAUUCGGACGCGCGGGGAGUCAUUUUUGGGCUUUUCAGUUGCAAGGUGCAAAUUUCUGCCCCGAUAUAUUGACGAUGGGGAAACCGAUGGGAAACGGGCAUCCGAUCGCGUGUGUGGCGACGACGGCGGAGAUAGCCGGAGCGUUCACCGACAAUGGCGUGGAGUACUUUAAUACGUUUGGAGGUAAUCCAGUUUCGUGUGCAAUCGGGCUGGCGGUCCUGGAGGUCAUCGAGAAAGAGGACCUGACAGGAAACGCCACUCGGGUCGGCGCGCAUCUUAAAGAUUUGUUCACAAAACUGCAAUCUCGACAUCAAAUAAUCGGCGAUGUUAGGGGCAAAGGUCUUUUUAUCGGAGUCGAGCUGGUCCAAGAUCGACAAACGAGGAAACCUGCCACCAAAGCUGCAGCACACGUGGUAAAAAGGCUGAAAGCUGAGGAUCGAAUCUGUGUCAGCACCGAUGGCCCCUGGGACAACGUGUUAAAGUUUAAACCCCCAAUGUGCUUCAGCGUGGAAGACGCUGAGCUGGUGGCGAGGUGUAUUGAUCGCAUACUCACAGACAUGGAAGCCAGCCAUUGACGUGAAACUGGAAAAUGAAGACAUCUUUUUU